CCUACUCCGAGGACAGUGGUGUCGGGGGUGCUGUGGGCGCAGCUCCAGACGGAUCAGGGUUCGCCUUCGCGAGGCCAAGGCUGCCCCGAUUCGUUGAGGCCUUUCCAAUGUCUACUCUCAGCCCUGGCUCCUUAGGGGACACAGGGAAGGCGGGUGGAGGAAGGACACGUCACGGGAGGCGGGUGCGGGCGAUGAAGGGACUCCAAGGAAACGGCAAGGGCCGGGGGAGUCCCAGGGGACCGGGAGGGGGGGGUCCUUGACCGCAGGCCCUGGCCCCCGCCCACUCCUCGGCCCCCGGGUCCCUGCCCGCCGCUUCCGGCGCCCUCCGGGCCCGCCCCGCGCAGUCCGUGCCACAUCCUCCAGUGACGUCAGCCGGCGCCGCCAUAUUGGAAAGGCGCCGCCGCCGCCGCUUCUUCCUCAGCCGCUUCCUCCUCUACCGCCCCCGUCUAGCUCCUGCUGCCUCACGUCCGAGGCCACAAAAAAGAUAGAGCCCCUCGUCCGCCCCACCGACGCCGGGUCCACCCGCUCCCCCUCGGCCCGUCUCCUCAUGACUGCACCCGGCCCUGCUGCCGACGGACCUCUCCCCAGUGCCCGAUCUUAACACGGAAGCGCGGGUCGGGGGCCGCGGAGGGAGGAAGAGGGAGACCCGGCAGGUCCUGCGUCCCUCUUGGCCCGGCGCGGCGGAGCCAUGACUUCGCUGACCCAGCGCAGCUCCGGGCUGGUGCAGCGGCGUACCGAGGCCUCCCGCAACGCCGCCGACAAGGAGCGGGCGGCGGGCGGCGGCGGCGGCAACGAUGAGGACGACGCGCAGAGCCGUCGCGACGAGCAGGACGACGACGACAAGGGCGACUCCAAGGAAACGCGGCUGACCCUGAUGGAGGAAGUGCUCCUGCUGGGCCUCAAGGACCGCGAGGGUUACACAUCGUUUUGGAAUGACUGUAUAUCAUCUGGAUUACGUGGCUGUAUGUUGAUUGAAUUAGCAUUGAGAGGAAGGCUACAGCUAGAGGCUUGUGGAAUGAGACGUAAGAGUCUGUUAACAAGAAAGGUGAUUUGUAAGUCAGAUGCUCCAACAGGGGAUGUUCUUCUUGAUGAAGCUCUGAAGCAUGUUAAGGAGACUCAGCCUCCAGAAACGGUCCAGAACUGGAUUGAAUUACUUAGCGGUGAGACGUGGAAUCCAUUAAAAUUGCAUUAUCAGUUAAGAAACGUGCGGGAACGAUUAGCUAAAAACCUGGUAGAAAAGGGCGUGCUGACCACAGAGAAACAGAACUUCCUCCUCUUUGACAUGACAACGCACCCCCUCACCAACAACAACAUUAAGCAGCGCCUCAUCAAGAAGGUGCAGGAAGCCGUUCUCGACAAGUGGGUGAACGACCCUCACCGCAUGGACAAGCGCCUGCUGGCCCUCAUCUACCUGGCCCACGCCUCCGACGUCCUGGAGAACGCGUUCGCGCCCCUGCUGGACGAGCAGUACGAUGUAGCCACCAAGCGGGUGCGGCAGCUCCUGGACUUGGACCCCGAGGUGGAGUGUCUGAAGGCCGGGACCAACGAGGUGCUGUGGGCGGUGGUGGCGGCCUUCACCAAGUGACCCUGCCCCGAACCACGCGUCCCCCUUUCUCUCUCGGGAACCAGUCGUUUUUCUUCUCGGACUUCUGGUUUUCUGCAGUUUGUACUUCCCACACUGUAAUUGGCUUCUGUUUCAUGAAAUGGUGGGUGGCUUUUUCUUUUCUGUAUGUAUGCAGGAUUCUGCUGGUACGAGAGGCCUUCCUCUUUCUGUUUUGAAAAAAGUUUUACUGCCAUAUUGGCAUUCCAUUCCUUGUUGCCAUCCUCACUGUUCCCGUUUCGGGUUUCUGGUGUUCUUUGACUUUCAAAGUACCACCAGUCUCCUCGCCUGCACAUCUUUCGGAUUACCUCAGGUUGAGUUUUUCCUGUAUGUGCGUGUCCAUCUAAUGUUCUGCCUGCAAUUCAGACAGAAGUCACAAAAUGGCCUUUAACUCACCAAAGGUAAAUAUCUGUAUCUAUUGGGACAUUUUAUACAUAGACCUCAGUUGAGAUGUAUACUUAGCAAAUUAUUUUUAAAUUGAAAUACACAGUAAAUAAUAUAAAGUGCCCCUUGAUUUUGCUUCCCAUGUAAAUCUGUUGUAUUAUUACUUGUUAUAAUUUUAACUAUUAAGUCAUAAAGGUCCAGUUGUUUCACACAGCCAGUUUGGGAUGAGCUGCAUUCCAGUUAUGCUGUAUAUAGUUUGAAGUAUAUAUAAAUUGUUCCUUCUUCUGGCCACCCCUGCCCAUCUUAGUAUUUUGCAGGAUUUAAUUGGUUGUACACCUGGUGCCCCUUACUUGCUACAGUCAUUAUAAUUUGGUGGCAAAAUAAACCUCAUCAUUAAGGAGAGAAAAGAUGUAUGUCUUAAUUGGUCCCAACAUUUUUUGAGCUGUGCCAUUCAUGGUACUCUUUGCUUAUGCAUCUCCAUUUUGGAUUUUUUUUUUUUUUUUUUUGGUCUUACUAUUUUUAUCAUUUCUAUAGAGAAGAGGCUUGUGACCAGUACUAAUCUUGAGUACAGUUUUAUCUUUUUCUGUCCACAGGUAAAUUAAUGUCUGCUCUUAAAUAUCUACUCACACUUUCUUGGGGGAAAACAAUCAAAUGUCAGUACUAGCAGAUGUUGCAUGUAAAUCGUUAGCAAGUAAUGACUACAACUCAGAUGAUUAAGAAUUUUGUAACAGAAAGCUCUGCUAUGUUUUAAUUUUUAUAUACAAUUAUGAUAAUUAGCACAUUCUAAGAAUAUAAACCUUUGCUUUUUAAAGUUUAUUUUUACUAUUUCUUUAUCACUGUUUAUUGGAUCACCAUUGGUUUCAUAAUGUAAAUACUAUAUAUUGAACAAAUUAAAUGUCAAAUUUUUUAUUACCAUAGUUCAUGUUACUAGUGGGGCUUUCAGGUGUUUAGAGAUUUUUUUGGUUAACAUUCAAUGCAAAAGUACUAGAUGGUGUAUAACUCUAGAGUUGAGUUUUAAGGGAUUCCCUAAUAUGUAUACUAUCUUUUUAUCUAAAGUAAUAAAUAAACUAUGAUCUUGAAAGUGCCUGAA